ACGCCCCUAGUGCCACCAUCGAAUCAAUUAUGUUAAGGAAAAUGCGUCGCUUCGAACGCAUUCAUGAUGUUGUCGAACCUGUCGAAGAGUAUCGUGCUGGAGGCUACCACCCAGUUCACCUCGACGACACCUUCCACCACAGGUAUCGGAUUGUUGGAAAAUGGGCAUUUGGCCAGUUUUCUACAGUUUGGAUUGCCGAAGAUACAAGGUUGUAUUCACGUUAUCUCGUUUCCUAUUUCGCCCGCGACUAUCAGACUUACUCUUUCCUGUCCUCUAGGAUUGAAAGAUAUGUUACGUUGAAGAUUCUCAAAGCGAAUAUUUCAAGUAACAGCCGCGAACGUUCUAUCCUCCUUCACUUAUCGAAAGCGGAUACACACCAUCCGGGGAAAAACCACGUUUUGCAAUUACUGGAUCAGUUUGAGCACCAAGGGCCUAAUGGCUUACAUCUUUGUCUCGUGUUCCCGGUCAUGAUGUCAGAUGGUGAAGCAAUGACUAUUCGGGAAAAACCACGCUAUCCAGGAGUUGAAGUGGAUAAUAGUGCCCCGCGGUAUCUUAUGAGUUCGCAGCGGCCCCGCGGAAUGCUAGACAAUGCAGCCUUCUCGACACUUCUAGUCAAGAUUGGUGAUAUGGGCGGAGCUAUGUGGAACACACAAGAUGAUUUUCUUCCAGUCACGCCAAUGAUGUUAAGGGCACCUGAGUUACUCCAACCCCAUUCGUGGAAUGAGAAGGUGGAUAUAUGGGCUCUAGGGUGUUUGAUAUUUCAACUUGCUACAAACGAGCCACUCUUCCCGGUAGAAUCUUUUGGCUGCACGAUUGACGAGGUUCAUGGGAUUUUGCGAUCUCUCAUGCACGAGCUAUUUGAACAAGGCAAUCAAAAAUUUGCUAUCUACAUUAGCGAGAGAUUACCGGCGGAUUUUGGCAAAGAAAAUACCGAAAAACUUGCAAAUUUUCUUUGGUCAGCAUUGCAGGAACGUCCGGAAGAACGAGAAUCAACCACCAGACUUCUCAAUCAUUCAUUUUUAGUUGGAUGA